GAAAAUUGUAGAAGAAGAAAAACAAAGGAAUUUGAUAUUUUUUAGAGGGUGCUUUUGUAAAACUUUUUCUUCUGUUUUAAAAAGUUUCAACGCCCUCUCAGGGCAUUUAUGAUGGUUCUUCGCUCAUGUCUUUAGUAUUCUGUCAGUCUAUAUAACAAUUUUUUUUAAAACAAAAUUAAAAACAUAUAGAUAUAUAUUAUUGCAAAGCAAUAUGACUUAAGCACUGGUCUGGACUUUUAAAAUUAUUGCUUUUCACCUAUAAAUCCUAUCUCUGUAUCACUCUUCAUUGUGUACUCACUCCCUGACUCCCUCUCUCCCUCUUCUCCUAUCUGCUUUUCUUUCCAUUUCCUUCCCACUCUCUUCUUCUUCUUCUUCUGCCAUUUUUACAGAUUCCAUUUCUAUGAUGUACAUUUCUGCUAGUAUUACAAUGAUCAGCCAUUCCCCGUGGAAAUACAACGAUCUCUAGGGAGUACGAAGUAACUCUGGAGGUGUUACGAAGUAACACAACUAGAAGGUACGUUUGUGUAACAAGUUUUUCUAGGGUUUUGUUGGAAAAUACUUUUUUCCUCAGUAAAAGAAAGAAAAAAAAAUAAAAAAAGAAAAAAAGAAAAAAGUAGGUAUCUAAAUAGUUUUCUGGGGUUUCAUUCAACCAUGGAGAUAACGACGGCUUUGCUGCUAUUUACGGCCGUCAGCGUUUAUCUAUUAUGGUUCAAGUUCAUCGUACGGUCGCUUAGAGGUCCACGUGUCUGGCCCUUAUUGGGCAGUCUACCCGGUUUGAUUCAGAAUUCUGAUCGCUUGCAUGACUGGAUCUUCGACAACCUCCGCGCGUGUGGUGGCACGUACCAGACCUGCAUUUGGGCCGUUCCUUUCUUCGCCAAGAAACAAGGCCUCGUGACCGUCACGUGCGACCCGAAGAACCUGGAGCACAUUUUGAAGACCCGGUUCGAUAAUUACCCGAAAGGGCCCAAAUGGCACGCUGUUUUCCACGAUCUGCUUGGUGAUGGGAUCUUCAAUUCAGAUGGCGACACGUGGCGGUUUCAGAGGAAAACGGCCGCUUUGGAAUUCACCACCAGGACUCUCCGUCAAGCUAUGGCUCGGUGGGUUAGCCGAGCUAUCAAGCUCAGAUUCUGUCCCAUUCUCGAAGCGGCUGAGCUUAAUGGUGAGCCGGUCGAUUUACAAGACUUAUUGCUACGGCUCACCUUUGAUAACAUAUGCGGCUUGGCGUUCGGACAAGAUCCGCAGACUUGCGCGCCGAGGCUCCAAGCCAACGUCUUCGCGUCGGCUUUCGAUCGAGCCACUGAAGCUUCUCUUCAGCGGUAUAUUUUGCCGGAGGCUAUAUGGAAGGUGAAGAAAUGGCUUCGGCUUGGGAUGGAAGUCAAUAUGAGCCAAAGCUUAGACCAAAUAGGGGAGUAUUUAUCCAAUGUGAUUAAAGAUCGUAAGCUCGAGUUGCUGAGUCAGCAAAAAGAUGGAAAUCCACACGAUGAUUUGCUCUCCAGGUUCAUGAAGAAAGAGUCCUACUCAGACUCGUUCCUCCAACACGUGGCGCUCAAUUUCAUCCUAGCUGGAAGAGACACGUCAUCAGCCGCGCUGAGCUGGUUCUUCUGGUUGGUCAUACAGAACCCUACCGUAGAGGAAAAAAUCCUCCGCGAGAUCUGCACCGUCCUCAUGGAGACACGUGGCCACGAUGUCUCCACGUGGAUGGACGAUCCUUUGGGGUUCGAAGAAGCCGACCGCCUUGUAUACCUGACCGCCGCGCUAUCAGAAACCCUGAGGCUGUACCCGUCGGUGCCGGAGGACGCAAAGCAUGUGGUCCAAGACGAUGUCUUGCCAGACGGGACAUUCGUGCCGGCGGGAUCGUCGGUGACGUAUUCGAUAUACUCGACCGGGAGGAUGAGGUCGACGUGGGGAGACGACUGCCUGGAAUUCCGGCCGGAGAGGUGGUUGUCGCCGGACGGAAAGAAGGUCAUGAAGCCGGAGCCGUUCAAGUACGUGGCGUUCAAUGCGGGACCGAGGAUCUGCUUGGGAAAGGAGCUCGCUUACCUGCAGAUGAAAUCGAUCGCCGCCGCCGUGCUGCUCCGACACCGGCUGACGGUGGUUUCCGGCCACCGGGUGGAGCAGAAGAUGUCGUUGACUCUGUUCAUGAAGUAUGGACUGAUGGUGAAUGUGGAGAGGAGGGAUUUAGAGGGCGUGUUUGGGAGGGUGAAAAAGGAGUUAAUGUUGUUGCAUGAGAAUAAUAAUGAUAACGGGAAAGACGUGGACGUUGGGAUCGACGUUAAAUGUAACGGAGUUGGUUAGAAUGUGAAUGGGGUGGGGUGAUUAAGGGCAUGUUUGGAUGCUAUUGGUUUCUGGGGGUGGGGCUAUGUGGAGGAGAGAGUGAAUGUAAAUUAUUGAAGGUGGUUGAGCCGAGUUCGGUGCUUGGAGGAAACAAGUUCAUGUGGGUUUUUAAUUUAAUGUGUGAAAUAGGGGAAGAGGAGGAUUAUUAUUAUUUUUUAUUAUUUUUUUUGUAUUGAAUUAGGUUUUUUUUUCUUUUUUUUCGAAGAGCUAUUUCUUCAAGCAUACAGAGAGAGAGAGAGAAAGAGUGUAGAUUUAUUCAUAAAUACAGAGAGUUAAUGGCACAGCUUCAUCAUUUCUAUAAGAGGGAGAGAGAGAGAGAGAAAAAGGGGGAGGUUCUAAAUCUUAAGCUUUUUCAUCGUAGGCAAAAUAUUGCAAAGCUUGCAAAAUUUUAUUUCAUUCUUUAUUUUUCUUGGUUGGUUCAUAAGUCUUUUUCUGUUUUUCCGUUUAGUUAAUUAAUAUUCAUUUGGGGUCAGAGAUUGAUAUUUAUGUGUAAUUUUGCCCGGUAGAUUACCUUAUAAUACUUUCUUCAGCAAAUUGGAAGAAUCUGACGUUCUUUUUGAAUAAGACUCUGAUUUCCUUA